CUCCAUUUCACCAACUCCUCCUCCUCCGUAACGCCAUUAACCCACCAAGCCAACCAACGGACGAACACCUACCUAUCUCCUUCCCACCACCGCGUCGCCGUCGCCGCGGUCGCCGAUGGCCAAAUGCAGCAAGAUCCGCUACAUCGUCUGGCUCCGGCAGACGCUGCGGCGGUGGCGGUCCCGGGCCGCGGCGCGCGCGGCGGCGGAGGCGGUGCCGGCGGGGCAUGUGGCGGUGUGCGUGGGCGGCGCGUCGCGGCGAUUCGUGGUGCGGGCGGCGCACCUCAACCACCCGGUGUUCAGAGAGCUGCUCCGGCAGGCGGAGGAGGAGUACGGCUUCCCGAGCGGCGCCUACUGCGGGCCCAUCGCGCUCCCCUGCGACGAGGGCCUCUUCGAGCACGUCCUCCGACACCUCUCCUCGCCGUCCUCCGCCACGCGGUUCGUCACCCUUGAGGACAUCCAGAGCGGCGCCCUCACCUGCUGCUGCGCCGCCGCCGGCGACGCCCUCCCGCUCCUCCGCGGCAUUGCCACCGACAAGGCCGUGUGGUGAUCCCAGCUACAGCUAGCCGCUCCGCACGCCAUUGCGCGUACGUGCAUGCGCGCGACUGUUCUUGCCACCAUUUUUUUUUCUUCUCUUUUUUUUUCCUUUUUUUCUCCCUCUCCCUCCAUGGCCAUUUGAGAGGAGCUGAGACUCGCCGGAGCAAGACAGAAAGAGAGAACGGCGGCCGGCCGGCGGUGGCGGUGAAGUGAGAUGGCUGAGAAAGUCUUAAGAUUUUGAGACGGCCAAGUCUAGUCAUCCAUUCCCUUGUCAAAUCCGGGAAAAUUAUUUAGUGCCGGAGAUUUUUAUUCUUUCUUUCUUCUUCUUCUUCUUCUUCUUCUUCUUCUUCUUUUCUUUUCACUUAAUAAUUCGCCAUUGUAAAUAACUGUACUACUGCGAUUCAGCCAACAUUGCAAGUGAAUUGAAACAUUCUUUCUU